AUGGGUCACUACUCCCUGUGCGUCCUCUGUGGUCAAGGUUACCAGAUCAUGGGUCACUACUCCCUGUGUGUCCUCUGUGGUCAAGGUUACCAGAUCAUGGGUCACUACUCCCUGUGCGUCCUCUGUGGUCAAGGUUACCAGAUCAUGGGUCACUACUCCCUGUGCGUCCUCUGUGGUCAAGGUUACCAGAUCACGGGUCACUACUCCCUGUGCGUCCUCUGUGGUCAAGGUUACCAGAUCAUGGGUCACUACUCCCUGUGCGUCCUCUGUGGUCAAGGUUACCAGAUCAUGGGUCACUACUCCCUGUGUGUCCUCUGUGGUCAAGGUUACCAGAUCAUGGGUCACUACUCCCUGUGUGUCCUCUGUGGUCAAGGUUACCAGAUCAUGGGUCACUACUCCCUGUGUGUCCUCUGUGGUCAAGGUUACCAGAUCACGGGUCACUACUCCCUGUGUGUCCUCUGUGGUCAAGGUUACCAGAUCACGGGUCACUACUCCCUGUGCGUCCUCUGUGGUCAAGGUUACCGGAUCACGGGUCACUGCUCCCUGUGUGUCCUCUGUGGUCAAGGUUACCAGAUCACGGGUCACUACUCCCUGUGCGUCCUCUGUGGUCAAGGUUACCAGAUCACGGGUCACUACUCCCUGUGUGUCCUCUGUGGUCAAGGUUACCAGAUCACGGGUCACUACUCCCUGUGCGUCCUCUGUGGUCAAGGUUACCGGAUCACGGGUCACUGCUCCCUGUGUGUCCUCUGUGGUCAAGGUUACCAGAUCACGGGUCACUACUCCCUGUGCGUCCUCUGUGGUCAAGGUUACCAGAUCACGGGUCACUACUCCCUGUGCGUCCUCUGUGGUCAAGGUUACCAGAUCACGGGUCACUACUCCCUGUGCGUCCUCUGUGGUCAAGGUUACCAGAUCACGGGUCACUACUCCCUGUGCGUCCUCUGUGGUCAAGGUUACCAGAUCAUGGGUCACUACUCCCUGUGCGUCCUCUGUGGUCAAGGUUACCAGAUCAUGGGUCACUACUCCCUGUGUGUCCUCUGUGGUCAAGGUUACCAGAUCAUGGGUCACUACUCCCUGUGCGUCCUCUGUGGUCAAGGUUACCAGAUCAUGGGUCACUACUCCCUGUGCGUCCUCUGUGGUCAAGGUUACCAGAUCACGGGUCACUACUCCCUGUGCGUCCUCUGUGGUCAAGGUUACCAGAUCAUGGGUCACUACUCCCUGUGCGUCCUCUGUGGUCAAGGUUACCAGAUCAUGGGUCACUACUCCCUGUGUGUCCUCUGUGGUCAAGGUUACCAGAUCAUGGGUCACUACUCCCUGUGUGUCCUCUGUGGUCAAGGUUACCAGAUCAUGGGUCACUACUCCCUGUGUGUCCUCUGUGGUCAAGGUUACCAGAUCACGGGUCACUACUCCCUGUGUGUCCUCUGUGGUCAAGGUUACCAGAUCACGGGUCACUACUCCCUGUGCGUCCUCUGUGGUCAAGGUUACCGGAUCACGGGUCACUGCUCCCUGUGUGUCCUCUGUGGUCAAGGUUACCAGAUCACGGGUCACUACUCCCUGUGCGUCCUCUGUGGUCAAGGUUACCAGAUCACGGGUCACUACUCCCUGUGCGUCCUCUGUGGUCAAGGUUACCAGAUCACGGGUCACUACUCCCUGUGUGUCCUCUGUGGUCAAGGUUACCAGAUCACGGCUCACUACUCCCUGUGUGUCCUCUGUGGUCAAGGUUACCAGAUCAUGGGUCACUACUCCCUGUGUGUCCUCUGUGGUCAAGGUUACCAGAUCAUGGGUCACUACUCCCUGUGCGUCCUCUGUGGUCAAGGUUACCAGAUCAUGGGUCACUACUCCCUGUGUGUCCUCUGUGGUCAAGGUUACCAGAUCAUGGAUCACUACUCCCUGUGUGUCCUCUGUGGUCAAGGUUACCAGAUCAUGGGUCACUACUCCCUGUGUGUCCUCUGUGGUCAAGGUUACCAGAUCAUGGGUCACUACUCCCUGUGUGUCCUCUGUGGUCAAGGUUACCAGAUCACGGGUCACUACUCCCUGUGCGUCCUCUGUGGUCAAGGUUACCAGAUCAUGGGUCACUACUCCACUAGGUCUUCCUUGAGUCACAAGGCCCUCGAGUCACAAGGCCCUCGAGUCACAAGGCCCUCGAGUCACAAGACCCUCGAGUCACAAGACCCUCGAGUCACAAGACCCUCGAGUCACAAGACCCUCGAGUCACAAGACCCUCGAGUCACAAGACCCUCGAGUCACAAGACCCUCGAGUCACAAGACCCUCGAGUCACAAGACCGUCGAGUCACAAGACCGUCGAGUCACAAGACCCUCGAGUCACAAGACCGUCGAGUCACAAGACCCUCGAGUCACAAGACCGUCGAGUCACAAGACCGUCGAGUCACAAGACCCUCGAGUCACAAGACCCUCGAGUCACAAGACCGUCGAGUCACAAGACCCUCGAGUCACAAGACCCUCGAGUCACAAGACCGUCGAGUCACAAGACCCUCGAGUCACAAGACCAAGUCACAUGCACAUAG